UGUAACUUCCGGAUAUUUUUAACUUAUUUCUUACAACAUUAAAUCUUUAUACGACGAAAAGUAAAAUAUAUGUAACUCUUCUCAUACAUAUAUUUUUAUAUAUAUUUACGUAUUGCUCUUUUCUCAGUCUGAAUGACUGAAAUAUAAAAAGUCCUACAGUCCCAUGGAGGAGAACCAUGAGCUUUUCAGGUCUUCAAAGAAAUACCCAUAAUUCCUCACAGAACGAAGGUCUCUCAUCCAGCAAAUACACUCAAACCUGGACCUUAAAGGAGCUGAUAGAUGCUGCCGAUCAGUGGGAAACCUCUGAGGAGUGGAUGGAGUGGAGGAGCUUGGAGAGCUGUGGCCUCACUCUCUCCCACCUCCUCUCUCACUGCUCCACUGCUGCUGUAUCACACAGCGAGGACGAGGUGGACGAACAACUGGAGACUGACUCCGAGACCCUCACCGACCUCGAGAGGCAGCUUUACCAAGCGAUUGAGAUGUACCACAGCAGAGUACAGUGGCUGACUCGAGGCAGCAGAAAGAUCUUCGGGAUGGUGACAGGAUCCAGACUCGGAGUUUUCAUCGACUCUUCUGGUGUCAACUGCUGUGAAGAGAGGCUCUCGGAUCUCCAGCGCCACCUCCUGCUUCUUGUACAAGAGCAACUAUGCCUGAAAAAGCAGUUGCACUUCCUGUCCAUAGGGACUGAAGUCAGCAGCCUUUGGGAGAAGCCGAGAGACGUUAACCCGAAGAGGUUACAGGAGGUCCAGGAGUGGAUCUUGAACCUGAGGCCGAGCGGAGAGUGCAACCUGCUGCAGGCUUUAGAGACGAUCCAGAGACACGGCCAUCUCGACAGUCUGCUCAUCAUCCUGAGCUCCUGUCCUGAUCCCCCAGACAUGGAUGUUUUCCUCUCUCGUGUGUCUGACCUGGUUCACGAGAUGUCGUUCUCUGUUCACGUGGUUUCCUUCGACUCCUGCAGUCCAGCUGCUGUUACGGCUGUAAAAGACAUCAGGAAAGUCACAGGAGGAAGAUUUCAUCUGUUUUCUGCUGCAUUGGGUGUGGUGGACAGCAGUAGUGACUUGGAGCCUCUUUGGUCUGAAAUUAAAGCCGCCCGCGACGUUCUUCGCCACGUUCAGGACGUGAGAAGGUGUGGACGAGUUAGCGACACGGCGGCGACGACUGUUUCCGAGAUCUCGACAGAUUUGGACGCUCUGUCUCUGUCUGAUCUGAAGUCUGAUGCCCACAUCACUGCUCACGGUGCUGCUCUGCGUGUCCAGACUGCAGGUCCUCUCCCAUCCACCUCUGCUGAGUGGCUGGACACACACGGUCUUAAAGCUAAGAAACUGAACCUGUACCAUGUGCUGGCUCCUAACGUCUACUCUCCACUAGAGGGCUUCGUCCCCAUACUGGGGAAGAACGUCCAGUCCAAAGUGCACGAGAAAGCAAUGGUGCAGUUCAAGUGGCACGAUGGCAUGGUGAAGAACAUGCAUGUGGAUCUGCCCCUGCUGCAGAGUUAUCAGAGGCGGCUAUUGGAGGCCGAGCAGGUGUUGGAGGAGAGGGUCAUGUGGUUAAACGCUACCAGCAGCAGGCAGAUCUGGGGAACUGUGUGUGAACGGAGUGUUCAGGUUCUGUUGGACGUGUCUGACAUGAGCGUUCACCACCAGCUGCACAUCCGUCACGCUGUCCGGCUCCUGCUGCAGGAGCAACUGAUCAAUACGCAGCGCUUCAACAUCAUAGCGUUUGGGUCAGAUGUGAAAGGGUGGAGAGAGAAAGCUGUUUCCUCUAACCAACAAAACCUUCAGGAUGCCUGGCAGUGGGUUCAGGGGUUAGAGUGUUCAGGAGGUCGUAACACACUGGCUGCUUUGAGACACGCUGUAGAGACAGAACCUCACAGUGACUCCUCUCUCACUCGUGGAGUGUAUCUGCUCACCACCGGCGCUCCGGAUCAGGACAGCUCGGCUGUCUCUUCGUAUGAGUCCGAGUUCUGCUCUGGUCCGCGGAUCCACGUGUGUCUCUUCAGCAGAGAGGACGAGCCACUCCGACGCUCAUCGUCCAGCUACGUGUCCCUGUGUCUGCGCAGACUAGUACACAGCACUAACGGCCGCUUCCACUGGAUCACAGACACAGGUAUAGUGGAGAGCGAUGACAUCACUGCGCUGAUCAGAGAAAUGGAGCAGGCUGCUGAUUACUGGCAGAAGUGCUGUGAGUUAGUGGACUCUCUGCUCCAGCGGAGCUCCAGCGCUGAUCCAGUCGAGGUUCACGAUGGAGAGUGUCGCAGCUCGGUUCCCCAGGUCAAGCCCCGGACGCAGAAACACACGCUUCCCUACUCCAGAGAGACUCGACUGAGCUGGGCGGGGCCGGGGCAGAAGGAGGCUACGCUCUCGCCUACGUGGAGGCCAAACAGUGCCAAAGCAGCCAUUCCUCCUGCACGUCCACUGGAAGGUUGUGAUCCGGUCCGGCUCGCAAACUCCAUUAAAGCGAAGACAAAGCGAAGAAUUUCUCGUUCUGCUCUGGAAGUGAAAGAAGACAGCCAGGGGUCAGUUUAUGAGCAUCUGAAAGGAAACAGCACUCAGAAGUGUGUUAUUAUUCCUAAACACGAGGACAUCUCCUCCUCCAAACAGUGGCUGAAACGGUUUGGUGUCAGGGCUCUGAAACUGGACCUCCACCAGCUGCUGUCUGUUCCCGCGUGCACUCACCGUAAGAAGCUCGUGCCAUCCGUCAGCAGAAGCGUGUCAGCAAAAUACUGCACCAUCUUUCCCAGCGUGCACCUAAACGGACGAGUGAAGCAUCUGUUCCUGAGCUCAGGCGAGCUGAAGCAGUACCUGAUCCAGACCGAACGGGUUCUGAAGCGUUACACCGACAGGAUGCAGUGGCUGCUCUCAGGCAGCAGACGUGUGUUUGGCUGUGUGUUGGAGAGGGAGGUGUGUGUCGUCCUGGACGUGUCUGGCUCCAUGUGGUCCUGCUUCACUGAGCUGCAGACAGAGCUGACCUCCCUGAUCUGGGAUCAGCUGCACACCAACAGAGUGAGGUUCAGCAUGGUGGCAUUCUCUGAAGAGGUGCGAGUGUGGCAGGAGGAGCUGCUGGAGGCCUCAGAGGAGAGGUGCAGGGAUGCAGUAACAUGGCUGGGGCAGCUUAAUACACACGGAGGAUCCUCCAUCCUACACGCGCUGCAGGCAGCAUGUGUGUUUGGUGACUCAGUCGGUGUGUAUGUGAUCAGUGAUGGUCACUGGGACUGCAGCUGCAAUGUGGUGCUGAAGGAGGCUGAGAGACUGACGUCAGGAAAACACAUCAACAUCCACACGAUCACGCCGAGCGGCCUGGACAGCACAGCCAUGUUUCUGAAGAGACUGGCUCAUAAAACUGGAGGCCGCUUCCACCAGGUACCUCCAGCUGCAGACACGACCACGGCUAGAGAGCUCCUGAGCAGCGGCUACGGCGCCGGAGAGGACUCGGUUCUUCCAGAGUUUCACGGCGAUGAUCUGCAGAGGCUGAAGAAGGAGAUCGAAAAGUUGAGAAUGUUCCAGAAACAAGCCAAAGAAUUCAGGGAUAUGUUAUUGGUGAAGAAUCCAGAAGUCAGCAGCUCAAAAUAAAUAAAUUCGAGAUACACCGAAGUCUCUUGUUUGUUCUGACUGAUGUAAAUUUGUGGUCCUUUGUUAAUUAAUAAAGAAG